AUGAAAUCGUAUGUUUUAAUUGCGGUGAUUGUUGUCGUCGGAUGUUCCACUGUAUCAGCCGAAUGUCGUUGGAAAGCGACUGAAAGUAUACCAAUUGGAACUCAGUGCAAUGUGCAAUAUGGACGUUUCGUGUUUCAAGAGGACGGAAAUGCUGUGAUCUACGAUGGUAAUAAUAAACCACUAUGGCAUACAGGAACAGGCGGUAUAGGACAUAGUUUUGUUUUCCAAAAUGACGGAAAUUUGGUUUUGUACUCACGAGCUGGUGUUCCAGUGUGGAACAGUCAUACUGCCAAUAAAGGCGGUGAAAAUUUGAUAUUUCAAGAUGAUCGCAAUUUUGUUAUUUACAAUAAAGCUCUUAAGCACCUGUGGCAUACAGGAACUGUUAAUUAG